AUGACAAAAAUAGAGGCAAACCAGGUGCCAUGCUUGAAGACACCAGUACAACAGUUUUACACUGGCCAGAGUAUUCUGAUCACGGGUGGAACUGGGUUUUUGGGAAAAAUAUUAGUAGAGAAACUAUUAAGGAGUUGCCCGGAUCUAUCAGCGAUGUAUCUUGUUGUUAGAGCAAAAAAAGGCCAAGAUGCUCGUCAGAGAUUUGAUGCGAUCCUCGAUGAACCGAUAUACGAUCUAGUAAAGAAAGAAAUGCCGAAAUUUAGGCACAAGAUAACAGUGAUAGAAGGAGACUGUUCGCUUCCAGGCUUGGGAAUUUCAGAAAUUGAUCGUGAGCUUAUUGUGAGAGAGGUAUCCAUAAUAUUCAAUGUAGCUGCAACUGUUAGGUUCGACGAAAGCCUCAAGCAAGCUGUUGCUAUUAAUAUUCAAGGACCGAAGGAAAUAUUGAACUUGUCAAGACAACUAAAAAAUCUAAAAGCAGUUGUUCACGUAUCUACAGCUUACAGUAACUGCAACAGAACGGUCAUUGAGGAGAAGUUCUAUGAUCCACCAAUGACAGGGGACAAUAUCAUAAAACUGGUUCAUAGCCUGGAUGACAUCAAACUCGACACAAUAACACCAACUCUGCUCGGUGACUUUCCAAACACCUACACCUUCACUAAAAAUAUCGCAGAACACGUAGUCCUCCAGUAUGGACGGGAACUACCUGUUGGAAUUUUUAGACCAGCUAUAG